AAAACUUUAAUGCUAGAUAUUGAGGCAGUAUGGAAAGAAAGACUUCACCAACUAUAUGCUCAAAAUAAAGCUGACCUCUCGGACAUUAAGGAGAGUGAUGAAAAGUUCUAUGCCCUGUCAAUGUUUCCAUACCCAAGUGGAAAGCUGCAUAUGGGUCAUGUGCGUGUUUAUACCAUCAGUGAUGUCAUGGCCAGGUACCAUAGAAUGCUAGGUCACAAGGUGAUACAUCCGAUGGGUUGGGACGCGUUUGGUCUACCUGCUGAGAACGCUGCCAUAGAGAGAGGCUUACACCCUAAGGAUUGGACCUACAGUAAUAUUGCUACAAUGAAGGAACAGUUACAAAAUCUUUGCUGUGCUUUUGAUUGGGAACGGGAAUUGACAACUUGUGACCCUUCCUACUAUAAAUGGACACAAUAUAUAUUCCUGAAAAUGUACGAGGCAGGCUUGGUGUAUCAGAAACAGGCUAGUGUAAACUGGGACCCCGUGGAUGAAACGGUACUGGCGGACGAGCAGGUGGAUGAUAAAGGCUGCUCGUGGAGAUCAGGGGCGAAAGUGGAGAAACGAUACCUUAAACAGUGGUACAUUAAAACUACAGCAUAUGCUCAGUCCCUUUUACAAGGCCUAGAUACAGUGAGGUCAGACUUGUGGAACAAUGUUAUUAGCAUGCAGAAAACAUGGAUAGGGGAAUGUACAGGCUGUAAAUUUGAUUUUGCAUUGAAGCGAGAUGGUAAAGACUUUGAGGAACCUCUCUCAGUAUUCACGGACGUACCAGAGGCAGUGUUUGGUGUGUCACAUAUAGCCUUGUCAACAGAGCAUAGAUAUAACCAUGAAAAGUAUUAUUGUAAGAAAAACAGCUCUUUUGGUCCAGGAGAAACACUGCUUGAUAUAGAAGCUGUACACCCGGUGACUGGAGAGUCUGUACCAAUAGUUAUAUCUCAUCGUUCAAUGGAAGCCAUGGAGACAAAUGACUGCAAGUUAGGUAUUCCAUGCCUGUCGGAGAAAGAUAAAAUUGUGGCGGUGUUAUGUGGUCUAUCAUGGCGGAAUAUAUUCACAGACGACCCUGACAACCAAAUAUUGAUGAACUCUCAUGCAAUGGUUGAUGGAUUAAACAGAAAAGAUGCAGCCGAGAAAGUCAUGUCAUUAGCAAGGGAACAAGGUUUUGGGGGUGAGCAAGUGAGUUCGCACCUAAAAGAUUGGCUUAUAUCCCGGCAGAGAUACUGGGGUACACCGAUACCUGUUAUACACUGUGAUACUUGUAAGACUGUGCCAGUACCUAUGGAGGACUUACCUGUGGUCCUACCGGACACAACAAAACCUACUACCAGUAAAGGUGGCUCAGUCCUAGCACAAGAUGAACAAUGGCUUAAUGUGAAGUGCCCAAAGUGUGGUGGCCCAGCAAAGCGAGAGACAGACACUAUGGAUACAUUUGUGGAUUCAUCGUGGUACUUCCUGAGAUAUUUAGAUCAUUCAAACGAGAAAGUUCCAGUAUCACGAGAAAUAGCCAAGAAAUACAUGCCAGUGGAUUUAUAUAUAGGAGGGAUUGAACAUGCAUUACUCCAUUUAUACUAUGCACGAUUUAUCAGUCACUUCCUGUGUGACCAGGGUAUAUCGUGUCACAGGGAGCCGUUUGUCAACCUUCUGACACAGGGAAUGGUGAAAGGUUUGAGUUACAAGGUCCAGAAGACGGGGAUGUACCUUAAGCCUUGUGAUGUGGAAAAAGUGGGUAACAACUAUGUUCAGAAGGACACAGGAGAGAAAGUGGAAGUGAAAUAUGAAAAAAUGUCGAAAUCCAAACAUAAUGGAAUAGAUCCUGAGGAUCUGUUCAAAGAGUAUGGAGCAGAUAUGACUCGUUUAUGUAUCCUGUCGAAUGUAUCUCCACAAUCAGAUCGCAACUGGAAUAAUGAUGUGUAUGCAGGGGUUCGUAGCUGGUUAAACAGGGUGUGGUCAUUGGUCGGAGCACUUGUUAAAGAACCCGAGAUUACAAAUACAGAGGAACCUGUUACUGAAGAACAGAUUGCUGAAUGGGACAGGAAAAUUAGGGCUGCUAGAAAUCACUACUUGAUUGAGAUCAGACACGCCUUAAACAAAACAUUCAUGUUUAACCAGGCAAUCUCCAAGAUGCAUGAACUUACUAGUUUUCUCAAGAAAGUUCCAGCUGAUGUUAUUGUCGGGAGUUGUCAGUAUGAGAGAGCUGUGAAAGAUCUGGUCACUGUUAUUGCUCCAUUUUCUCCACUGUUUAGCUCCGAGUGUUGGGCAGCACUAAAACAGCCUGGUCAUGUAUUAGAUCAGAGAUGGCCAGAACUUGAUGCAGAUGCUUCAUUGAGAUUAAACAUAUUUUGUAACGAUAACCAGAUAGGCAUUGUUGAAAUGGAACCGUCUGCCUUAAAUGUGUUAACCAAAGAGUCAGCCCUAUCUCUAGCUGAACAGCAACUGUUUUACAAAGACACUAUAGGUGAUCAUAAUGUUAUAUCUUACCCAUUCCUACUUGAAGAGGACAGACAUGCCAUCCUCAACCUAGAGGUUCCGAGCCUCCUGGACGAGACAGAGGGGAAGAAGAAAAAGAAGAAAGGAAAGAAGACGAAAAAGACUUGGUUGACAGAGUUUUGAUGUAAUGUAAGAAUUGAUAAAUUUUGUGAAAGGUAUGGUGUUUGUAUGUAAAUGCUGGAGUAAAGACGUCAACUGAAAAAAGGAGUAUUUUCAGUAUGAUUUUAUCGUAAUUUAUACUGUUUAAUUCAUUUGAUU